AAACGUUUCAAUAUUGCAACUAAAAUAUGACUUAGUGUUAAUGAUAUCAUGAAGUUUUAUAUUUAUUUUCUCUUCAUUUUAACAUUUUCUCUGCCAGUAACGUCAAAUGGCGACGAGAAAUUAAAAUGUUGGCAAUGUACUUGGGACAGAGAUUAUAAAGAGGAUGUUUCGAGAAUUCCCGAUGCGAAACCGACGGAAAAAGUGGAGGACGAAAUAAACAAUCCUUCGGUAGAACCGUUUUUGGGAAAAGAAAGUUGGGAAGAACCCGCAGAUAAAAAUAUUCUAUGGAAAAAAUGUAAAAACUGUACCGACGGAGACGCCUGUAUUACGUGGAAUUUCCGUCUGAUGGGUUCGGAGAGUCCUAUUAAAAACGUGACGCGUAUGUGCGCCGUCACCACGGCAAAAUCGGGCUGUUACAGAGAAAAUAUGGGCAACGGAUGGCAAAAGGAAGUGUGUUUCUGCAGAAAGAACAACUGCAACGGCAGAGCCGCUUUGUCCCUUCCAAAUUUUUCUUUAAUUAUUAUAAUUUUACUGGCGGGAAAGUUAAUCGCCGGCGGUUGACGUAUUCGUACAGCGGCUAAUUUUAAUGAAAUAUAAACACGUCCGAGUUACUGACAAAUGAGACAAUUUGUAUAUAAACACAAAUUAAAAAUUUUAAUGAGUAACUUUACUAAAGUCGUCCCUAAUUACUAAUAUAAUUCUUAUUUCAUUAUUUAUAUAUCAAGAAUUCGGACAAAUAUUAAAAUAUAAAUCAUUCUCUCUUCAUUUAUUAUACGGGCGCGCGUAAAAGAAUAGUUAAAGUGUCGUCUGGGAGAAGGAAAUCGGGGAGAAUAUUUCCUAGAAAAAUCGGGAAAUGGACCGGAAAUUAUGUAAAAAGUGGGAUAAAUUGCCGAAGAAGGAGCGCGAACAUUGUUUGUUCCGCUCUCAAAAUUUAUAAACAAUUUUAUAAAUUACGAUUACCAUUUUGACGGAAUUUACUUUUAUU